GCCGGGGGAAGAGGUGUCUGUGUGUGUGUCUGUGUGUUAGAUGUGACGCCGGCUGGAAGGCGACCUGCAGAUACAGAAAACAGUCGGACACCGGUUUCAAAUGAGCAGUGUGCCCUGAAAUGGACACAGAGAUGAUUCCCAAAUUUUCGUCAAAGGAUGAAGAAGUUGACUACUGGAAGUCUCAAGCCCUCAAAUAUAAGAAAAGCUGCCAUGAAGCCCAAGAGGAGCUGCAGGAGUUCCAGGAAGGGAGCCGGGAGCUGGAGGCCGAGUUGGAGGCACAGCUCGGCCAGGCUGAACAUCGCCUGCGAGACCUGCAAAGCGAGAACGAGAGACUGAAGAACGAAAUGUUCAACAUCAAGGAGAAGCUAGAGCAACAGUAUGCCCAGAGUUAUAAACAGAUUUCUAUGCUAGAGGACGACCUGGGCCAGACGCGCAGCAUCAAGGAGCAGCUCAACAAAUACGUCCGGGAGCUUGAGCAGGCCAACGAUGACCUGGAGAGAGCCAAAAGGGCAACAAUAGUGUCUCUAGAGGACUUUGAGGGCCGUUUGAACCAGGCCAUUGAGAGAAAUGCCUUCCUGGAGAGUGAACUGGAUGAGAAGGAAUCUCUUCUAGUAUCUGUGCAGCGGCUGAAAGAUGAAGCACGAGACCUCAGACAGGAGCUGGCAGUACGGGAGAGAACUACAGAUAGGAUGUCAGCACCCAGCUCACCCACCUUAGACACUGACAAGAUGGAUUCAGCAGUGCAGGCAUCUUUAUCCCUCCCAGCCACACCUGUAGGAAAGAGCAUAGAGCACCCCUUCAUCAGCCCAAAAGUGAUCAAUGGCUGUGGCAACUCAUCCCUCACACCUUCUGCUAGAAUCUCAGCCCUCAACAUUGUUGGUGAUCUCCUCAGAAAAGUUGGGGCUUUGGAGUCCAAACUCGCCGCCUGUAGGAACUUUGCCAAAGACCAAGCAGCAAGAAAAAAUUACUCCACUGAUAAUGGCACGUUCAUCAACAGCAACGCUACCAAGUUCUCUCACACUCUACAUACCACGUACUUUGACAAAACGACUGUUAAUGGAUUGGAUCCCAGCUCCUUGACCUCCAUGGCGUCAUCAAGAGCCGUGUCUCCACCAGGCAUGCUGCCUCUGAGUGUGUGAGGCAUCCCCACUAAAACUCCUGUCCACCCAACACAGUAUGGGAACACAGAGGACACUUGAAAGACCAUUACAUUGUGUGUUUGCGUGAAAGAGAGAGGAUGUUUGAAAGGAACGUGUGUGUGUGUGUGUGUGUGUGUGUGUGUGUGUGUGUGUGUGUGUGUGUGUGUGUGUGUGUGUGUGUGUGUGUGUGUGUGUGUGUGUGUGUGUGUGUGUGUGUGUGUGUGUGUGUGUGUGUGUGUGUGUGUGUGUGUGUGUGUGUGUGUGUGUGUGUGUUUGCCUGAGAGUGUGCAUUUUUGAACUUGAUGUGUGCAAAAGAGGCUUGACUAUACAAUUAUUGCGCCUCCAGAUUGCAGCUCAAAAUGCAUUUGUGAGUAGGUGCACAGUGUUGUGCGCAUACGCCCCUACCACAUACUUGCAUGUGCCUAAAGCUGUGCUGUAUCGUGUUCGUAUGAAUGUCAUUGCAAAUGUGUUGCUCUUCUAGACGUCGACUUUUGAAGUGGCAAGUUAUACAAGUUCCACUGUUAAUCUGAGAGCUACUAUCCCUGACAAAAGGUCUUUAACUGACCUCAGCUUCCUCUGAACCUUCUUUUUCUCCUGUACUUUAAUUGCACAGUUAAACUAAUUUCAAUUUAGAAUGUAUUACAUUUAAAAAGGGAUAUGUUUAUAUUAACUAAUUUAUCUCACAGUAUGCUUUAAAAUGCAACAUUUCCUGUUUGCUAUUUUCUUGCACGUGUGCAUACGUUAAGUGGGGUUGGAGAGGUAUGGCUGGACCCCAUAUUUACAAGAAUGACUGAAGUGAAUGUUGAUCGUUCCAAGCCAUGUAGCCACAGCGCAGCCGUUCCUCUUGUUACUGGCUACUAGCUAUUAUUCAUUUGGAAGUAGUCUCCAUUUUAAAGCUUGGAUCUAUCAGCUGGUUCUGUCCUCUGAGGUUAAACCUGCACUUAAACAAACGGCUCCUCACAGGCGUCGACUGUUUGGAUAUCCAUGGACUUUUCGAGGGAACAGUUUUGCCUUUUUUAAAUGUUAGAUUUUUUUUUUUUUUGUGUGUGUGUUUUUUUUUGUUUUUUUUUAAUCUUGUGACAGGCUCAUUUACCUCAUUCUGAUAGGUUGGCAUUUAUUCUGUUGAUUCAUAAUAUGACAGAGGGUGAAUCUGGUUCUAUAAAACUCUAACCAACACAAAACAAUGAACACAGGAGAACAAAACAGUAAACACUGAAAUAAGGAUCAAUUUUUGAGACUGUCUGUUAACUUCAGUUGGUGUAUCUGAAUUUAUGGUACCUUUGUUUCAAGCAGCACAUUUUGCUAAUUAUUGUUAUUGUGUGACUAUUUGGGUUUUUAGCUGCUUUGAUAUUGGCUCUGCAUCCAUUUUACAUCCCUAAAUUGUGUCUGAAUCCAUUUUGCCCACGUAUCCUUCCCUGUCACAGAUCUUUUGCUCAUUCUUCAGUGUCUAUUUCUUGACACCCGGGAACCUAAUUUGAUGCAUUUAGUAUUCACUGUUAUUUAAUUAAAUUAGAUGUUAUUUUGCGCACUAUGAGAGCCUGUUACUAAAGCUUGUUCGACAGUCAGUGUACAUAGCUUGUAAGGAUGGUCAUUUUGCCUACCACAUUUGUACAUAUUGACAUUUGGCAUUAUAAGGUCAUAUUUAUUUCAGGAUCCGUAUGGCAUGUGUUCAAAUAAUGAGUUUUGCUAUCAUACAGUGGUUAAAGCCAUUGUAUUAAGAUACCAAAUUGUUUGUCAAAAUUGUUUAA